GCAAAUGCGCGGCCCAGCUCAGACGCCGUGCGUGCAACCAUCUCGCGGGUGCUGCGCGGCAGCGUGGCGAGAAUGCAGGCGCAGGAAGAUGCACGGCCCAGCCCAGAGGCCGUUCGCGCAGUCAUCUCGCGGGCGCUGCGCGGCAGCGUGGCGAGGGUGCAGGCGCAGGAAGAUGCGCGGCCCAGCCCUGACGCCGUGCGUGCAACCAUCUCGCGGGUGCUGCGCGGCAGCGUGGCGAGAAUGCAGGCGCAGGCAGAUGCGCGGCCCAGCCCAGAGGCCGUUCGCGCAGUCAUCUCGCUGGCGGUGCACGGCAGCGUGGCGAGAGUGCAGGCGCAGGAAGAUGCACGGCCCAGCCCAGACGCCGUUCGCGCAACCAUCUCUCGGGCGCUCCGCGGCAGCGUGGCGAGAGUGCAGGCACAGGACACAGCGUCUCAGAAUCGGAAGUCCGCCGUGACCAUGAGCAGAACCUUCUCACAACUAUUCACGGAUUUCUCGAGUCAGCGGGCAGGAAUGAUCCGCAAGUUGCCAGGGACCACAACGUGGCCGCCACGGAGAUCUGGAAACAGAGCGAUGGGCACGAGGACCGCCAAGAGGUGUCGCAGGGUCCUCCCAGCCGCGGCGCCGCUCAACCAGCCAGGGUGCCCAGUGGCGCGCUUGACGCGGCCGCGAUCUGGGAGCGCGCCCAGGAGAUUUCCGAGAGGGUUCUGGGCCAGGCCUGCAGCCGCCGGGUGGAGGCCGUGA